GGCAGUGAUAGUUGCGGUGAGGAGGCGAUCCUCCCUGAGCUGGUGACAGGCCGUCGGAAAGGGCAACUUCCUGGAACAAGCGCUGCCCAGCUGAAUCGGGUGAUCAUGGCGGUAGACACCCGCAAUUUCUGUCACCUGUCCCUGGCGCAGCUCAACGAGCUUCUGGAGGAUGACGAGAAGCUGGUACAGAUGGCCCAGGAGAUGGAUGAGGCUCAGAAUGUGCAGUUGAACAAAGAAAUGACUCUCGCUGGGAAUCGAAGCCUGGCAGAGAAGAACCUCCUUUACCAACCCAAAUUAGAAAGCCUAAAAGCAACGCUCACUGAGAAAUACCAGGAGUUACAGUCCUUCAUAGAAUCACAUCAGUUAAAGACGACAAAGCUGGAUAAACAGUCUGUGAAUGCCUCGUUGGAAACACUGUUAGCUCUUCUACAAGCAGAAGGAGCAAAGAUAGAGGAAGAAACAGAGAAUAUGGCAGAAAAUUUUCUAGAUGGCAGCAUCCAGUUGGAUUCCUUCAUCGAUGAGUAUUUAACAAAGAGGAAAUUGGCACAUUUGCGGCGUGUAAAAAUUGAGAAACUUCAGGAGAUGGUGAUGAAGGGACAAAGGCUUCCCACCUUCUCAAUGCAGUCACAAGCGAGGCCUGCAGAAGUGAGCCAAACACCUCAAGUUUCGUACCCAUCAAACUUCAAUGCACCUCCACCCGUCAUGCCUAGACGAGCCGUUCCACCUCCGCCUGCCAACCAGCCUGGAAUGUAUCCCACUCCUUUUGCACUGGCUGCCCAGCAGUCUGGUCCCGGGCUCCCGUACGCCGCAUCACCUUGUCCACCUUUUCCUUCUAGGGCCGGUUAUCAGCCUGCCAAUCAGAUGCCUCAGCCUGGAUACCCAGCUCCGUACUCGCCUCAGUACCCCCCUGCUCUUCCCCAAAGACCGGCUCCACGGCUUCCUCCCAAUCCUGGCUUCAUUUUACAGUGAAACUGUAUUCUUGUGCCUCACUGAAACGUUGGUGCUCUCGGUCACACGCCAGUUAUAAUAUUCUAUGAGGUCUGCACAGAGCGUAGCGUGCGGCAGGUCACAGGAAACUGCUACUUUAAAAUGGCUGGUGAUCCAUAUUACCCACCCCAUUCUUCCCUUUUUUUUAAAGAAAUUUAGAGAGACUUUGACGCGUAAACUAAUACUUUCUUGGGUGUGAUUUUUGAGAAAAUCUGAUUUAGAUUUUGUAGUUUGUUAAGCAAGUAUGCAGAUUGUAACCAUGAGAUGGACAUGUCUGCCGAAUCUACCACUAUGUCGCUCUUUACCCGUACUGAAGUACGCUUCCGAGUUGCUGCUCUGGAAACGGCAACUCUGUCGUGUGGGAGCCUUUGGUGACGUAAAAAAAAAAAAAAAAAAAAAUCUGUCGGUGCAUAUAUGAUCAGAAACGCACUGGUGUCUUUCUUUCCACCUACUCAGGUCUCCAAAUGUCCUCUCAAAGCUGGACUUCUACUGUGAGGUCUGAGGGCUGUGCUGAACGGCAAUUCUUACACAGCAUAUCUUGUACAUGAUAAUGAAAGUAUGUCUCCUAAAUUUAAUCCAAAAGAAAGUUUGGGCGUAACGUAGAACUUCUAACAAGAUCAUUCAGGGAUUAGAGUGUAUACUAGAGGUGUGUAAUGUGGAAAUUAAAUACAGAUGGAGUAGAUGCAAUUUUUUUCUGUCUGAAAGCAAUGCAUUUUUUAACUUAUGCACGUGGCUUUGAUGUGCCUUAGCCUAACUGCUUACUCUUGGAGUCUACAAAUGACUUUGCAUAUCUUUAGAGGUGGCCAUCGUCUACAGCAACGGGUGCAAAGCAAAGGGCUCCUUUUGCCGUACAAAUCUACAAUUGGGUUUUUACAUUUUGCGACACAAGUGCGUAUGGAGAAGGGAAUGCUUCUUUUCGGGAGAGUUUAGAAAAGGAACCUGAUUUGCAAAUUCCAUCCUUCCAAUCAUAUUUUGAAAUGCACAACGUUAAUGGUUAUUUUUAAUUCAACUUAAAAAAAAAAAAAAAAAGCCAUGUAUUUUUUGUCAGCUUCAUAAAAUUUUUGGGUUUUUAAAAAAAUAUUUUUAGGUUUAAACCUGGCUUAAAACACACCAGGGGGGAAAAGUGCCACAAUGCUUCUUGGGCUAGGUGAGUUUUAAGGGUCAUUUUAAAGCCAUAUUUCUGAGCUAAUAGAAGGAACAUGAUCUGUGUCACUUUAAAUUUAUAAAUCUGGUUGUCAGUGGUGUGCAGUGUAGCCCAUUCACGGAUGCAUUGUAAAAAUGGUUCUUUAUAAUGCUUAUUAAAGUUCAUUUUAUAUUUUGACGCCAA